CAGUGUGCCUCUGCCCUCUGCCACAGACAUGAGGUUCAAAUUCCCUCUCAUGGCCCUAGGCCUGGAGGUGGGCAUGAUUGUUUUGUUUGCAUUAUUUGUUGAGUAUGAAACAGAGCAGAUUUCCUCGGGGGUCAACACCACCAGGGUGAAAGACAACGAGAGGUUUCUGAGCUUGUAUCCUUUGUUUCAAGAUGUACAUGUUAUGAUAUUUGUUGGAUUUGGCUUCCUCAUGACCUUCCUGAAGAAAUAUGGGUUCAGCAGCGUAGGCAUCAACCUACUCAUAGCUGCUCUGGGCCUCCAAUGGGGCACUAUCAUGCAGGGGAUACUGCACAGCCAUGGACAGAAGUUUCAGGUUGGAAUCAAAAACAUGAUAAACGCAGACUUCAGCACUGCCACAGUUCUGAUUUCUUUUGGAGCUGUCCUGGGAAAAACAAGUCCAAUCCAAAUGCUGAUCAUGACAAUUAUGGAAAUUUCUGUCUUUGCUGGUAAUGAAUAUCUGGUCGGUGAGAUAUUCCAAGCCUCUGAUAUUGGAGCAUCAAUGACCAUCCAUGCCUUUGGAGCCUACUUCGGCCUGGCGGUAGCAGGUGUCCUGUAUCGGUCUGGCCUGAGAAGGGGCCAUGACAAUGAGGAGUCUGUAUACCACUCUGAUUUGUUUGCAAUGAUUGGGACUCUUUUUCUGUGGAUGUUUUGGCCCAGUUUUAAUUCAGCCAUCGCUGAGACUAAAGACAAACAGUAUCUGGCUAUUGUAAACACGUACUUCUCUCUUGCUGCCUGCGUACUCACAACCUAUGCAUACUCCAGCCUUGUCCAGCAGCGAGGCAAGCUUGAUAUGGUGCACAUUCAGAAUGCAACCCUUGCAGGAGGAGUAGCUGUGGGAACCUGUGCAGACAUGAUGAUCCACUCAUUCAGUUCGAUGAUCAUUGGGGGCGUUGCAGGAAUGGUGUCUGUGUUCGGCUAUAAGUUCCUGACUCCACUUCUUGCUUCUAAACUGAGGAUCCAUGAUACUUGUGGGGUCCAUAAUCUUCACGGCUUACCUGGCAUACUCGGAGGCCUCGCAGGAAUCGUGGCCGUAGCUAUGGGAGUAUCUAACACGUCCACCGUGGCAAUGCAGGCAGCGGCACUGGGCUCGUCCAUUGGAACAGCAGUUGUUGGAGGUCUGAUUACAGGUUUAAUUCUAAGCUUGCCCAUCUGGGGACAGCCACAAGACCAGCACUGCUAUGAUGAUUCUGUUUACUGGGAGGUUCCUCGGUGGAGAGAACAUGACUAUCACUUCCCUGGUCAAGGUGAGCACAGCGAGCUGGAACCUGAAGUCUAAGUGCAAUGCCCGUGCCGCAAAACCCUCUCCAAUAACGGCAGCAUCCAAGUGUAUAUGCAUCAAUAGAACUCAUAUGUCCACUGUAAAAAAGUCCUUUGCCUGUUGCUAUCUACAGAUAGUGAUUGUACUUAAAAAGAAAAUGGCUCACAAAAUAAGCAUUAAAAUGAAUUCUAUUCAGAA